UCUGCCUGGAGUAUUGACAGCCUUAGAAACAUGCCACCAGCUGUUUUCCGGAGAUGCUUGGAGCUCAUUGGCCAGGAUCCUUUUUUCAGUGCAUUCCAGCUGUCAGUGCUCCUUACGAAGACUAAAGAGGUGUAUGGAAUGCCCUCCACUUUCACCCCUUCUGUGAUCUCUCAGUUGGGUCGCAUUGCCACUCAGCUAUCACUUGAAGAAUUGGCUUCUCUUAGAUUGUCUGAAAUCCAAUCCGUUUUAGCUAUGGGUGCAAUCAAUAUGUGGACUAGCAGACAGUUGAAAACAAUAUUUUACACGGUGCUGAACUCAACUAGAAAGACUCCUAGCCAGUUAGACUCCAGCACUCUUGUGGCUUUGGGACAUAUUGUGUGUGGAAUUGAGGCACCUGUCAUGCGCACCCUGAAUGCAGUAGAGUUCAGUAAGGCAGUUUUGUGGCUGGGUCGUUUGCGCCUAUCCUGCUCUGAGGAGCAGUUGCAGGCAAUGAUAGGACUGCUCAGUAAUAGCUUGUCAUUUGGACUAGUCAGCUCCUGGGGAUCAGAGGUCUUCACUGAGAUAGGAGCAAUUGCAGCGGGGCUGCCGGAUAUGUCCAUGUCUGCUUUGGUUAAGGAACAAAUCGAAGGAAUCACCCCACUGGCCAUCUCUCUCAUCCCUGCGGGCAAAUUUGCAGUAGUUUUUAAUCAGGCACAAAUUCACAUUUUCACGUAUGAGCAGGCCGUUGCUGUAACAGACACCCAGCGCUCUGCUCUGUCUCCAGUGCAGGAGACGGCCCUGUCCAUGGUACUCAACCCCUGGGAGGACAAACCUGUUGAUUUCAGAGGUAGGUCACUGGGAGUUGCGGUUCACCCCUGUCCCGUUUUCUACCUCUACAGUGUCCUGAUACUGCUGCUUUUGAUGCAUUAGAUCUGUCACAGCUGAAUUGUCACUAUACUGAGUUGAACUCUCUUUUCCAAUUAAGUACAAUAUGAAGUAAUAUUAACAACAGUACUUAAAAAUCAGUGUUUAAUUUGAAAUACA